CUCUUAAGAGCCUGUCUUCCACCUUUUGAUUGAUGAUCCUUUCCACCUCUUUGCAGUCACAAACCAAAACAAAAUUGUUCCUUGUAGGCCAUUCCAGGCGUAAUCGAGUUACCUCACUUAAGCCGGGUUAUUUGGGUCAGGCCAGGACUAGGCGGUUGUUUGGUCAGUUCAUCUACGAAGUAGUUAUCUAAUCGUUGAACUAGUGUACUUCGUGCUCUGCCCUGAAACCCAGAGCAACACCAGCUCCGUAACCACCAACACCACCACCAACAACGACGAUGACGACGGCGACGACAACGACAACGAUGCGAACAAUGGACACCGGGACAACCCCCCAAGCACAUCGACCCAUCACCAUCCGCCUCCCCUCCAAAUACGCCACGGGAGAAACAUCGGCAUCAUCAUCAUCAUCAUCAUCAUCAUCAGCACCACCAUCAUCAAGAGCAACCCCUUUCACCCCGCCGCCGCUCUCCUUUAUGCAGCGCACCUGGACAGUCACCCACUCGACGCUCAGCAUGUGGCGCGGCUCCCGCAACGUGCGCAUCACCUACGGAGCCCUCCCGCCGCGGGACGGGAGGGAGCGGCUCUCGGACACGGUCGAGCACGAGACCGUCCCGUGGUGGGGGGGUGGCGGCAGCGCCAGCAACAACAAGGGGGCGGUGCUCCGGCGCAUCUCCGGGACCGACACGGCCUCGUCGCGUGGCGGGGGGGAGACGGGCGCCUGGGAUUGGCGCGGCCGCGGGUGGCUGGCCCUCGUCGGCGGCAGCCACUGGGAGGUGCUCGGGUGGGGGCAGCGCGAGUGCCCCGGCGAGCCGGGCCGCCCGGUCCGGUGGAUGGUGACGUGGUUCGCGCCCACCCUGUUCACGGCCGAGGGGCUGGACCUCUACAGCGAUCGGGCCGACGGCGGGAACGAGGAGCUGGCGCGGGACGUCUUGGCCGAGCUGGCGAGGGUGUGCCGGGGGAAGGAAAGGCUGCGCAAGCUCGUGGAGCAGGAUAUGAGAGAGGUGGCCAUCUCUUUGCCUUGGAAGGAGGCGUGAGUGGGCGUUUGCUGGCCGGCCGUUUUCAGGCGUGUGGUUGCUGCACCAAGGCGGGAUACCUGACUUUUCG